CAUUCUUCAAAACCCUAUUCUUGGCGCGAAUGUAGGGAGAAUCCACGGUGGGACUGUAAACCGUUGGGCGGCGUUUGAGCACGAAACAACAACAAAAACUAAACGGAAACGCUUCACAAAUGGCCACCAAGAUUGACUUGCUAUCCGGACUGGUUUUCUCAUGCCGGACGUGUCUGCAAAGCGCCCCCGCAAACCAGAUGAUCUCGCUCGAUGAACCCCGGACUGAGUUCGACGACGGAACCGUCGGCGAGUUUCUGGAAAGUCUCGCUAUCUCAAUUCCUCCCGAUUUAUUGACUUUCCUUCCGGCGAGCGUAUGCCGGGGGUGUCACGAGAAGCUGGAACAGUUUUUUGAACAUCGUCGGAAAAUUAAGUUUGUAAGCCAAUUUCUGGUUGGCCUAGUACAGGGACUGUUGGCUGAUAAAUCUUGCUUACUGAAAAUGCUGCAAACCGAUGGGGAAAAGAUCAAGCAACUCUGUGCAGAACAUGGCCUUGAAUACGGGCAGGAAAUUUCAGCUGAUGAUCUGCUAGACGGGUUCUGUCCUUUCACACCGGAUGAGCAACAGACCAGCAAAUCGAUGGAUUCGGAUGAUAAUGAUUAUGCGGAACGAACGUCGGUAGUGGAAGAUAAUUCUCCAAAGCGUGGAUCCUCCAAAGCACAGUUGCAGAUAGAAAUCGUGACCGAUCUCGAGCAGAUCGCACAAGAAGAGCACAAUAGCGAUUCAGAGCGUACGGACAAUGCCUACUGCAAUUCCAAUAGCGAUAACUGUGAUGAUUUUGAAGCGAGUUCAGAGGAAAAAAUUGAACCUUCCAGAAAGAGAACUCGCACAGAAACGUCUCACUCAGCCAAACCAGGGCAACGAUUCGCAUGCACAAAGUGUUCCUACAAAACCAACUAUCCCGUGGCCUUCAAAUUGCACACCCAAAAGCACAGGGACAACGAGAGUAGGCUGGAGAAAGGAUACGAGUGUCCGCAUCCGUAUUGUCUGCAGAUGUUUGAUACGCAACAGCAGCUAGAUCAGCACCACAUGGCGAACGAUCAUAAUCGAUUUGUUUGUGAAAUAUGUGGUGUCGAGCUAAAGCACCGCACUUCGUUCGAUGUUCACAUGGAGCGCCACUCGGGAGUAGCCAACUUUCCCUGUCUUUAUUGUUCAGCGUCGUUCUAUACUCGCACCGAAUGCCAAAGCCACAUCAAUUCGCGGCACGUGGUCACUGAUCGAAUGAAGUGUCCAACGUGCGGCGCACUGUUUCGCAGUCGAAAGCUACUUCGGCAGCAUCAAACCUCACACGAAUCUGAAAGAAAGCAUCAAUGCAGCCAGUGCGAUGUUAGCUUCAAGUCGCAGCAUUAUCUCAGUCGCCACGUUCGGGAAGCCCAUGAAGGUGUUCGGUUUAAUUGCACCUACUGCAGCAAAAGUUACCGCCGAAAGGACAAACUUCGGCUGCACAUCGAAAAGGUGCACCAGAUACAAACGUACUUCGUAUGCGAAAUUUGUGUACGAUCCUUUGAGACAGAGGAAGCGCUGCAGGAACAUCGGGAACACCAUGCAAAUCCAAAGCCCUUGGAAUGUGGCGUCUGUCUGAUCGCCUUUCUUUCACAGCCAGAGUAUGAGCAGCACAUUUGUAUAACCUACCAGGACAAUUACGAGUGCUGUGGACGCGAUUUACAAUAUCACAAUCUGUACAACAGGCAUAUGGAGAUGGCGCAUGGGGUGAAGAUAAAUGCAAGAGUACGACCUAAACCGAACCUGCUUAUCGGUCAGCAGCGUGCAAUCCGCGGCAUGAAGCCUCGAGGACCCACCAGCUGCGCAAUGUGUGGCAAUGUCAUGAGAACGGCGGCAGAGAAAAAGAGCCAUAUAUGUUCAAUUGAUGAGGAGAUGUGUUCAAACCCGGCUGUCAUCAAAGAAGAGUCUCAACAGUGUAGGCAAGAAUACGAUCUGUUUGAAGAUUUAAGUGAUAGCGAAUAUGAAGAAACUUAAGAUUAUCGCCCGAGUGAACAACUGCCACGCCCUUUUUGUGCAUCUGGAGAUGUCUGG